CGAUCUACUGCCACACCUGGAUCGCACUGUAAUCAGAAAAUAAUGAUCUGAUUCUGAACUCGGCUCUAAUUCACGUGGAUGAUGGAAAUCCGUGCUCCUCUUCAUUGUCUCGAUAACCAUUGAGUGUUUUUCUUACAAAUGGACCAAUUAUAAGCUGAGCGUGAAAAAAAAGCGUGUCGCCUGGGGUAUAUAAAGAGUACAUGGAGUAACUGGAGGACAUUUUAACGAGCACUUAUUCGACGCGGAUGACGACCAGGAAGUUGUACAACGCGAAAUCCUUAAUGACGUCGUUUCUCGAAGAAGCCUCUACCGAACGCACGCGAAACUUUGCGACUCUUCAGAGACUUUCGAGAACUUUGAUCCCACGAGUUUCUUCAUAAUAAAUCCUCAGAUCGACCAUAUUGAAAAGGCCUCAGAUUACUUAACUCGCACUGUGUCUCGAAGCCGUCAAUUCUUCAAAAAAAUUCCAAACAGCCACCCUUGUAUUCGAGCAGUAGCUUUAUAUUCUGAAAUGGAAUUGUAGUGGCAACAGUUUAUCCAAUUACGCACCUGGAGAACAGUCGUACAUGAAAAUAGAGUAAAACGGCAGGGGUUGGUAACACUGAUAUUAGAUACUUCAGAGUCGACCUUUCGCCUCGAUUAACGUUUUCAAGUCGCGCAAGGUCCGCUUUAAAUGGUCUCCCUUCAAAUUACACAAGCCAAGUCUAAUAGGGCUUUCAGACAUUAAAGGUGUGUAUAAGUACGAUUUCAGGAAAAUACGUUAUUUGGUAGUUUGUACCAAAUGGCGACCAGAAAUUUUUAUUGGCAGGAAGAUGUUACAGCAAUUUUAUCGAUCGGUUUGAUACCAUCCCACCUUCUGGCAAGCCUUUUGCCACAGUAAAACACCUGCUUGGACAUUUUUUCUUAAGAAACAAAAAAGAAAAAGGAAGCAUAAAUAAAGUCGAUUGGAUUGUCGCCGCAAUCGACAUCAGCCUUAAACAAGUCAUGGCUGAAGGUUCUUGCUUGUCAUUCCCCGUACCAGUUCACAAGGUAUCCAAGCUACUCGUAUGCCAACCUGAAAUAAUCCUGAUCAUCAUUGACCACCCUGUAGUUUAUGAUAAAAUUGUGACAGCUCAAAGCCAACGCUUAAGCUCCAUUCCGUAUUGGCAGUACUGCUUUCGUCAGAAUUACCUCUGUGAAAAUGGCGUAAUUUCUAUCUGACCUUAUUUCUUUAUUAUACACACGUCACCCGAACGCUCCUUGACAUAGAGACGUGAACAACACAGUCCAGUGAGUCUUCCGUUUCCGUUAGGAUGAACUGGGACGUUUCAGACAGUAGGACGAUGUCUUGGGUUUCAUUGGUUUUACUGGUACUUCGGUCAGAGGUCACCGCUCGAAUUCUACCCGUUGAGAAUUUAAUACCAGUGCAGGAAAGGCUGGCGUUAUGCGUUACGAGUAUAAUGAACGGACUACCUAAUGUUGGUAGUAGGAUAAUCGUUUACUCGGAUGGCAGCAGCGACCUUAUUGGAAGUUUCACCGACUUGUCGAUAUACCUUAGGAAUCCUUGGAUCGUUAAGAGUUCAAAGAACUUCAAGAGGCAUCAGAAUAAGGGUGCUGUUAUGAUUAUUGGUCCACAUGAUGAUUACAUGGCUAUAUAUAUGCUUCCGGAAUUAAAACCUUCAGGAAUGCUCGUGAUCAUAUCCUUGCGACGGAUAAAGAACUUGCGGAGCAUCUUCAAAGUCGUCGCCGACGCUAACAGGGCACGCACUGUGCUUUUAAUGCCCAAUGAAAAUAACACUGUGGAGUUAUAUUCAUACACCAUGAACGCUUAUAGGCAAUGUGGAAUUGUGACAGUCAUUAAGAUGGGUGAUUGUUCUUCGAAGACUUUGCAUUAUGAUAUAUCAAAGAUAUCGAAUAACUUUAAUGGCUGCCCAGUAAAGUUAUCUACUGCGAUGUGGAUGCCGUAUUGGACUUUGGAAAUUCAUAAUGGGACUAAAGUCGAUACGGGAAUGUUUCGCCAUCUCUUUGCUUGGAUUGUCCAGCGACUUAAUGCUACAGCUCAAUAUUCAGCAGUGAACGAAAUUGCGGAUAUCAACUCGGUGGUCCAAAAUGGCGAAGCAGAUAUCGGCUAUGGUAGCAUUGUCACGUAUCCAGAUGCACCUGCUAUAUUUUCAAAGCCCUAUAUGUAUAGUUCGCCCUUGAUAAUACUUCCUGCAAUGAAAUUAAAUUUGUCGCUUCUAUACGUAACGGCCCUUACGUUAAAGGUAAGUGGUGAAUCGUUCAGUGACUUAAAGCUUUCUUUGAACCUCCCAAUGUUUCAGGACUGGCUAAUGAUGACGGGAAUGGUAUCGAUAAUCAUUUUAAUGGGCACUUUAUCGAAUAUUUUCGAUAAAAAAUUUCCCCUCCUUCAAACCAUUCCAUCGUUCCUUGGUAAUUCCGCCGUAAUCCGUGUGACGUCACUGACGCAAAGAUUGUAUAUGAUUUGUUGGAUUUUUCUUGGAUUCGCUGCAACGCGCGUCUAUCUGGUUAAUCUGACUAUGCUAAUGUCUCCCUCAACUAAUUACGGCUCUAGGAAAUUUCGCACCAUUGAACAAUUUGAAAGCAGUUACACAGGAAAAAUUGUUGGGACGCCUCAUUUGAAGCAGCAAUUUCACGAAUGCUGUCCGCAUUUAUUUCAGAACUAUGAGAAUGUAACGAUUGCAGAUUUUCAAUUUGCUUUGGCGAAUUUAACGAGUGGAAUAAGUACACUACCAAUGGUGGCUUCGUAUACACUGGUAUUAAAUACUAAAUUCCAGUUUCGACACGUCACCUAUAUUCCGGAAGAAGUUUCAUUACAACCUAUAGUUAUUGCCGUACCAAUGUACAGUACUUUAAUGUCAACUAUCAACUGGAUUAUCAACGGUGUCAAUCAAGGUGGUUUUAGUGCAUUGUGGCUUACUCGGAUGCAAUAUAAAUCCUCAAAAUCUUGGCAUAAAGUAGGCAGCAUCGAUGAUCAAACUUUUAGUAUGCAGCAUAUACAGGGCGCACUUGUUAUAUUAGGAACAGGCUUAACAUUUUCUAUGCUCGCAUUCCUGGGAGAAUUAUUAAUUAAUUCUUAUCUGGUUAAAUGGAAGCAAGUUUUCAGACGACUAAGUCGAUGCCGACGCCUACGCGAAACGUCGAGUUCAUGAAGAUGGUUUUGUUCUGGUUGAUAAUGACGCUUCUAGGAUUUCUAUUGGUUCGACUACUUGUGCCGUCAUUCAAGUAAUUCUCUGUAUUCUCCCUGCCGACUCUAUUCAUUGACCAAAGUGCAUUGGAACACAGUGCCAUUUUGCCUACCUUACAACGCGUCUCUCUCUGCUGCUGGAUAGCCUUCGGAUAGUUCAUGCAACAAGAUGCCCCGACGAUUCCAGAACGAGUCAUAUGGACCCUACUGUCUUUUCGCUGUCGUGAGAUCAGUUGGAUGCACCCAAUAAGCAACUGGACAAUAUCAGCUGCGACAGCGAGUGGUUUCAUGAAUUUCUGAAUGACGCAGGAGGUUAUUGAAUCCAUCAUGAGACGAAGAAGAAAUCGAUCAACUGUCCAAGUCGCUGAUAUUCACCUGACUUGGUCCCAUACGAAGGGAAUCCUAUUGUGCCAUAUUGUCCAAUUGACCAUAUGUAGUCUGACUUUUAUAACGGAACUCCUGAGGACCGAUGUCGUUAGUGGCUAAGAAAUGAGGACUAUUUCGAGGGACUUAUAAAGAAAAAUCAAGAUUCUUUCUACCGCAGGGAAUACUGGAAACAGCUAAAUCCUCGUAGAGGGACAUUAAGGUUGGCCCACAAAUAACGAAUGGUUGUUGAGUAUACUGCUUGCGAUAACUUACAUCCCUGCUUCCAUCAGCCUCGUAUCAGGGCGGAAGUACAUCAACCGUACAUGCCGAAGAAACUAACGACAUCAGAAUCGUCUUGAAACAGUGAUUAAUUUCGUUGCUCCGGAAACAAUAAGUCCGCCUGAGACAGCUGGACUAUGAAAAGCUUUCUUUUCUGCAACGUCACCGUGAACCUAAACACUGAUCGUCCUGAUUCCUUCUUCCAUAAGAAUCAAGAAGUUGAUAGGAAUCGAUUCCAGUCCAAUACAAGGUAUCCCGCAUUAUUUCCUGAUCCUGGUGAAACAAAGUAAUGGUUUUCUCGAGUACAGACUUUGAAGGUGUUCAAUAAAUCCUACCUAUCUUCGAAAUGGAUAUUCCAUCCGUUUUUUUUUUUUUUUUUGGAGCACUAGCAGAGUAAUACCCACUCCGAUAUCAAUGACGUCGCCAUCAUUCAGCUCGCAACGAAGGGAUAAAUAAGAUCUGAGAUUGUCUGAGAAUCCUUGAAAAAAAAAAAAAAAAGUACUAGGGUAAUAAGUCACGGGAAGAAAGGAAGAGUGAAAUGGGGAAGGGAAUGAGCGACGCGUGUCGUCCUUAUCGGAAAUUCUUAUCCAGCGAAUCCCACAGCAUUAACCUCGUACAAUUUUAUAUAGAAGCGAUCGCAUCCGUUAUCAGAAAUGUACUUGUUGAAGAUGUCGUUCCGACGUCUAACGUCGAGAUAUACUUUACCAGGGGGAACCUUUCGACUUUCUUACACGUCGGGAAUCGAGAGAACUUAACAUUUUCGUUUUGACGCCAAGACGCCUCGAGUGUUUCUCUGACUCUUCAGUUCACUUGGGAAAUGUCAACGGGUGAGAUGUUUGCAUUAGCUACCGUCUCGUUGACAUUUACAAUUGACGUGAGCGCGGAACUAUAGCGCUGCGUUACCUAUAAAUUACCUAUAUAAUGUAUCGGUACUGACAGCCAUAUGCUUGACCCAGCUCUUAUUAGCCGAAGGCCCAUUAAUUUAUUUCUAAAGACCCCGACAUUCACUGAUUGAAAUUUCAAAACAAUUCGUAUCCUAUUCGUAUAGUAUCGCAUAGUAAAGUGAUGCGAUCAAAGAAUUCUUUAAGUCCCAAAAGCUCGGCAUCAAAUAAAAAUCCUUGAUUAAUUGAUCCUUCCUAAAAAGAUUCGAGUCGCUCGAAUUCGAUCCGUAAAGUCGGUUUGAAUGGACCCGCAUACUUUAAGCGUAAGGGUGAGAGGACGAUACGCAAUGGACAAUGGGAGUUUUCGCAUGGAUUUUGUGUGCCAGGGCAAGCGUAGUCAGCUGAAUGUACAAAGCGAAGGAAGUCAGUCGAAUGGUAGAGAAGCUCGACGCUAGGGACGGAUCAAUGCUGACCUGACCUCAAGAAAUAGAUACUCCUCUCCCUGUAUGUCUAUUCAAAUAGUUGAUAUCCGUAAAGUAUCAUUCAGAAAAUUCAUAAGCCAUUCUAUCGGCUGGAAAUUCCUAUUCGAUAAGAGUUUCAGGUCCAAUGGAUCUUCCCGUGACUCCAGCA